AUGCCGAAAAGAGAGCCGAAGACGAAGGUGAAGAAACAUCAAGUUGAAGAGUUGUCACUGCUGGUAAAUGGUUUGAGCUUUUCAUCGCUGGAUGUCGGAUCCAUCAGGGAUGCAAUUCAGAAACUUGAUGCUCGAUUAGAAGAAAAUACAGCAAGGUAAGAUUUCAAGGAGAUCGAUUCCUCUUUAGGUGGUUUUCAUGAAGUACAGAUGUGGUCCUAUCUUCUUGAUCAAACAAAUUAAUUUACAUUUUCGUCGACUUGCUUGUUGUGAAAACCUCAGUCAUUCUAAUGAUUUACACUAUUAAUAUAACUUAAUAAAAUUCAUGUAGUAAAAAUCUACAGCACCUCCUGGCUUCACUUGCAUUUUUCUUUAACCCUUUAACUCCUACAAGUGAUUAACAUGUAGCUUCUCCCUAUAAUAUCCAUACAUUAUUCAGCAAACAGGUAAUGAGAAUAUUCAAACUUGUCAAGUAGAAGCUGCUAUCUUGAUAUAGCACCAAGUUCUCAAAACUAAUUUAUAAGGAAAUUUGUAGCAACUAGAGGUAAGAAUUAACAAUCAGAUCUUGGGAGUUAAACGGUUAACAGCUAGGCUCUUAAUUGAGAUGUGGAAGCAAAGGAAUAGUGUAAGUUGCUUGGAUAAUAUAAGCCUGUUACAGAAUGAAAAUACCUCAGACCAUUGAAAUGAAGCUGGAGAAUUCCCUGAUCCUUGUUACUGGUUGAACCCCUGUAAUGUGCACCUUUGUGUCCAGACAUAGUGUUUUGUGUGUUAGUACUAUGAAUGGUGAAAUAAGUUCCUCUUCUUUUGACAGCUUGCAAGAAAGCUGGGGCAAGUUUGUGGAUGUUUGCAGCACAAUUUCUAAUGAAAAAACUCAGGAUCCACCAGAAUGGUUGAGCUCCAAAGAUGCUGUAGAUUUGUUGGCAUCUUCUGAUGUUAUACAGACCAGUUCUUGUCCAUAUGAACCUAUUGCACUCAACUGUUUCUUAAACAAUGUGGUGAGUUUGUAGCAACAAUGCCUCACUAUGCAAUUCAUUUUUCUUCCUGUUUACUCAAAAAGUAUACUUUUUCUAUCUUCUUCUUAUUUUUAUUCUUGUUAGUGAACAGUUAGUUUUAUGUGCAAGAGGCUUAAUUUUGAGGGUUACACUCAAGAUAAAAAACCUACACUCAAUAAUAAUGGGCAAAAUUUUUUAAAUUAGUUACAGAUACAUUACAAAAUGGAUGCCAAUUAAAUAUUUCUUGUUGCGACUUCUAGAAAUAAUUGAUAAAAUUGAUUACCCUUGUCUUUGUAGAUUCAAGCCUUAGAGCGAAAUCCAGGUAAAGAAGAGUCGAUAUUUGAAGAUCUAGUCCAGUUUGCUUCCCAACAAGGCAUUUUAAUGCCAUUUGGUGCACCAGAAAAGAAUGGAGAUGGUGAUGAGACAUCUGAGUUACCUCUGAACACCAUUGUGAUAGAAGAUGAACAAGCCACUGAUGUAUUGUGGGAAGCUAUUAGAAGAAAAAUUCGCAAAGGAAUGUGGACACUUCUAGCAAAUCUACCUCUCUCAAACCAGCACAAUGAACUUGACUGUGAUCAGCAAACUAAAAUUAAACUUUUAGCUGACUUGUGUUUUCUGUACCCAGCUGAAGACAUCUGGAAGGGAUACCAGAAUUAUAGAAAAAAGCUGUUGGAUCAAUACAUUGCGAGCGAAGCUUUGUUAGAGGAAGUAGAAACAGACCUUGCCAUGUCAUCUGAGACACCCAAUGAUGUAAGGAUGUUUGUCAAGUUAUGUAAAGCUUCUGAAAUAAUGAUUUACGAGGAUGCAAUGAUUCUGCAAGAAGGAAUUUUCUCCACAACAGUACCUAGUUUUGAGUUUAUACAUGAGUCAUAUUUAUUAAGAAUAACUGAAGAAUUGCGUUCUGUGUGCCAAGCAGUGUAUAAUAAGGAAAAGGAAGAGCAAGUACUUUUGAAUGAACUAGGACAAGCAUCCAGUCAUAGAAGAGGCUCAAAUGUAUCAUUUGGAAGCAGGAGGGGCUCCACUUUAUCAAAUGUGAAAAAGAUUAACUCUAGAGAUAUCCUUUUAGUCUAUAAACAUUGCUUCAUGGCAGUGGUUCAUUUGGAAAGACUUGUCAAUAAAGUAACAAGCCAAAAGGACACAGAAGGAGGAGCAGGUAAACUGAUGGUAGUGAUGCAGAAUCAUGCCAAACAAUAUAUUUGUUUGGCAUGAUUCUGAGAUAUGAAAAAUAUGAUAUGACAAAGACAUGUAUUUUUAUUACUAUUAAAUAAAUGCUAUUGAUAAUUUUCUUUUGGUUAAUAAACUUCAGGAAUUUUGAUAAAUAUUCAUCAAAAUGCAGCUUGCAAUCAAAUCCCCUCUCUAAAGACAGAAAGAUUUAGUGUGUACUUGUAUUGAGUGGUCUCCAUUUGACAAAAAUAAAUUGAUUUCCUGACUUGUAUAACAUCACCAAAGCACAGGGUACAAGGUCUCUCUCCUACACUUUUUGUACACAGGCAAGAAUCAGAGGAAGGGAGAAUCUUUUUUGUGAUGGUUAUUUUAUUUUUUUUUGUCCUCUGGGGUGACUGUAAAUAGGUUUUCCAAUAAUUGAGGUCAAGGAAUAUUUAUUAUUAUUGAUAGAAAGUUGUUCCUUUCUUGAGGUAUUGCUGCACAUUAUUGGUUUUUACACUCUCCCCAGUCCAUAUUUACACUAACUCAAAUGUUAUAAUUUUGGUCAUCUAGGAAUUAGAGGUACCAGUCUGCAGAAUGCUUCAAGGUCUCCCUCUAGUCCUGUCCUAAGUCACAGGAAUCCCAGUCGACACAGUUCUAAAAAGAACCCUGAUAUGCCACUUUACGUAGCAGAGGGAAAUUUGCCUUUACCAUUUGGUAAGUGCUGGAUUUAGAGGCCAUGUUCAGAUUUUUAGUUUCAGUGUAUGUUGUUUGUGUUAUGCUUCUAGGCAGGAUACUUUUACUCAGAGUGAUAAAUGGAAGGUAACCUUCUCACAAAACGUCUUUCAGAAUAGAACUCUAUUCAAGACACCAAUAUUUACAAGUAACAACUGUAACAGAAAUGAUGAACCACAAGGCCUGGACUGAGAGCCUUCUCCUCCCUAUUUUUCCAUCUUUUGUCUGUAUUUGGUGGAAAUCUGAAUGAAUUGAAUUAGUAGUAGUGCUGAGGAAGUGAUGAGGUUAUUAAUUCAAAUUUUUACUAAUGAUUUAUGUUCAGGCUCUGGCAGUAGUAGACUUGACUCUCAGCCCCUCAGUAGUGUAUCAGCUCCAAACCCCAACUCUCAGUGGCCAUGGAGAGAGGAGUUCAAGAGUCACAUAUCUAAGUUAUCAAUGGCUCUGAGUGAGAGCAUCAAACACACUUGUGAAAAGGCUCUGGAGGAAGGCAUGCAGAUGUACAAAUCUACUCAAAGAAUUCCUACAGUCAGGCUUAGAGGUGUGAAAAUGAAGAAAGGUAAAAUGGUUUCCGUGUUUACAUAGCCUGAUGUAAACACACGGGAGGUUGGGAGAACACAAGAUAAGCAUAGGAAACCACAAUGUGAAGCGGAGUGGUUUCCAGCUUAUCGAGUGUUCUCUCAACCUCCCAAGUGUUUACAUCAGGCUAUGUAAACAAGGAAACCAUUUUACAUUUCUUUUAUAAAAUAACUAAUGAAAGAGGAACGAAAAAUGUGUUUACAUAUGCUCAUGUAAAAUGGUUUUAUGGCCAAUCAGAGCACGGGUACUAUUUGAAUUAUUUUAUAAUAAUUAUUGUCAGUCAUGACUUUCCCUAUUCAGUAAUACCAUAAUGAUUAUAUAUUUACACUAAUUAUUGUACAUGUAGAAUAAACUGGGAAAAACACAGCAUGAAUUAUGAGGCAAAUGAACAUGUUACACUUGCCAAGGGUUAGAACUGACUUAGCUUAAAGCUAUUUUUAUUGUAAUGGUUUUGUAAUUUUUAAUAAGCUAAAUUUUUAAUGUUUUAAGGUUUUAUUUAUUUUUACUGUAACUGUAUAUAGCCCAUACUUUAAGAUUAACUUAACUUUUCCAAGGAUUUACCUGUAGAAGUAGUAUUUUAGCAUGAUUGUGUAGUUCUUAUUAUUUUAAUUUUUAUCAGGGCCCCAAUCUAUAGCAGUGCCUAAGUUACCUGAAUGGGAUACCCUGAAUAAAUAAAGGUCUUCUUCUUCAUCUUCUUCUUCCAUACAUGCAUUUGGGGCAAAGAUGUGUGUGGUGCAACUGAAUAUCAAUCUUCCAUUUUCACACUUUCCUUAAGUUUAAAACUGAAUUCAAAUCAUCGUUUUGUUUUUUUCAAUUUUCCUUUUAACUCAAUAGUUCCAGUCAAGAAUAUUUGACAAUGUCUUGUUGUGGGAUUCUUUGUUUGGUAACACAACUAAACAGAUUCUGAGGCUGAAGUGUUUUUUUUUUUGGUUUAUUUCUCUCAAUCAGAUGAUUUCAUUGGUGGUAAACAGGACUAUCCCAGGAGGAUUGAUAAGGUGUGUUGAUUUUUUAAUUUGAAUUACGAGGUUCAAGUAUGAUUUACUGUCAAUCAAUAAGAAUUAAAUUUCAUGUGAUCAUUUGAUAAAAAUUUAGUGUUGUGCGGCCAUUAUGGAUGAAGCUGAUGAAGUUCUACCAUUAGCCAGCAGUCAAGGAGGGAAACUAUUCCACGUUAUCAGAUCAUCUUUUGUGGAUUCUCUUGAAGCAUCUCUGAAGAGUUACCAUACAAGAUUGACACAGGUACAUAGCAGUCAAGGUUUCGCAAGUCACACAGUGGUGUUUCCAGUUUUGACUCUUCAUCAGAGCACCUUGAACUUAGCUUAUCUUUAUCAUAUGUUAACCUCUUACUUCCUGAGUCUGUGGGCAAAUUCACUCAAUGUAUGUAAAAACAUUCUUCCCUGGAUGGUCUGUAAAUUUGGUGUUACUGUACAUCCAAAUGGUAUUGUUGGUUGAUGACAUUCUCAUUUCUCAUUACAUUUUUUUUUCUAAUGCAUUUAAAGAGAAAAUGCCUCAGGUGUCAGUGCUCUUUCCUAAUUUGAGAAUAAGACUUUUUAAUUAACUCUUUGUUAAACACCCACAAACUGGAUUGCAAUCAUAAUCAAUACAAAAAUAUGUACAAUGUAACUGGGUUCCAAUCCAAUUGAUGUAUAUUAGACAAGAUAGUAUUUUUUUGUCCCAAAAAUAUGAUUGCAAGUAAACUUUAAAAAGUGGGACCAUUGUAGGGAAGAUUGAAUCCUUUAUCUCUUCAAAUGAGAAACCUGUUUCUUGAAAAGAAACGCUCAUCUAGUGUCAAACCAGAUGAGACUGUGAUUAACUUUUGAACAAUGCUGUACCUUUUUCUCAGUGAUUUUAAUUUGUUGCACUGUUUUUAAUUUCAGCUUCUGUCUGACUUUCCCAAAGUGUGUGAUGUGGAGUGCCUCUUCAUUGUUCUUGGUAGUGCUGUUUUCAUCAGGAACCACCUGGUUCACUAUGAAGAUGUCUUAGGCUCUGAACCAAGGUACAAGGUUUUAUUCAUCAACAAGUGACCUGCGUAUAUCAGUGCUAGAAUAAAAUGUUGAAUAUACUUUCACAUGACUUUGUGAUUGUUUUAUGAAGCAGUAUUGUUUCAUGUGAGUAAACUAUUACUCUUCCAGGGUGAACAAGGUGGUCCUUCACUCAAGUACCAACAACAAAAACUUAUGUCUUACAUUUUCUCUUUGUUUUUAGACGCCCCUUUCCUUUGUUACACCGACAAUUCAGUGAUCUUGUGGAUAGUGUUAGUGAUCAGAUCAUCAGUUACCAUGACAAUGUGAUUUCUAUGGUCAUUCUACAAGAUGCUCGCAGUAAUAACUGGUCAGACUCCAGACCUUUUUUCGAGGUGAUUAUGGUAGUUAUUACUUGAAACACGUACUGUGGCUCACACCACUGUGAUACUUGACUUAGAGUUUAGGGUUAGGGUUGGGAAAUGUUCAUGUUUGGGCCCUCAAGCCAAGGGAAAUUUAGAAAAUGGAGAAAAAUACUUAACUAUACCAGUACAGUAUACCGCCUUCCAUAUAGGAAAAUACUGUGAAUGAGUUCCAGGAAACUGUCAGAAAAAAUUGACCCACUUGGCCUAAGUGCAAUAAUUAAGGAGGGAACUGAAUGUUAGAAUGUGCCACUAGAGCACUGAUAAGAUCUCAGACAAUGUUUUAUCAUUUCAGAAUGGUAUUCUAAGGAGUUAGAGAAGUUGUAAUAAUUAUUUUGUCACAAAUACUGCUGUAUGAAUUGCUCUGCAGGAUCAAAGGUGUUCCUUUUCUGUUCAGAUGUGGAACUACCAUCUUCAAGGUUUGCAGCAUGACCUUUGGAAUUACUGCCCUCCUGAAAAAGCUCAGGAAAUGUUUACAUCUGUUCUUCACAGUUCUUUAGUUACCAUAGUGACAAGAUACAGCCAUGUUUGUCCUACAAGCAGACGAGUGAAACAGUUUAGGUACAUGUGUAGAUUUAAGUAGAAUUAUUUGAUUUUUGUUUAACUCAUCUAAAAAAGAAAAAGAGGAUUACCAGUAAUUUCUAUCAUUUACGUACAAAUCAGUUUUACUUCACCAAAUGCUCUCCAGAAGCACUAGCACCUGGUGGUUUGUUUCUGAGGCGCUGGUUACUUCAACAAGACAAAACAGCAAAAUGCUUUUCUCUAAUAGUAUAUGAAAUACACUGUAUAAUUUUCAUUAAUCUUUGCUUUCUUUUGGUUUAUGAUAUCUCUCAGGUUAUUAUUUACCUCAGUUAAUAUGAUUAGUCAAUUUAGAGGGCCUGUUUUACUCCAAGGUCAGAAGUUUGUUUAUAUUGAAAUCUUUCCCUCGGUUUGAACUCAGAGAUAUUUUGAUAUUGUACGGACCUCAAGUCAGUUAGUAAGAGUACAUUUCUCCGAAAAGAAAGAAAUCUUGUGAUUAAUACAUGUACCUAGGUUAAAAUAUUCCUUGUUUGUUUUGCUUUUGGCUGAUAUUGGUGGUUACUACACUUGCCCGUAAAUGAGUGAGUAAUAAUGAUGUUUUACAUAUUUGUUUCAGAUCAGACAUCACGGCCAUGUUAUUGUCUACAUUAUCUUUUUUGUGGUCGUGUUGCAAGUCAGUUCCAAGUUUGUUAGAUCCCCAGUGUUCUGUGGCUCCAUUUCCAACGAUUCACAGCCUUUGCUCUUGUCUGUUAACCACACUGGUAAGAUUAGAGCUUUUAUAUAGACUUUUUAGCCUCACCAUUAAUAAUUCGUGUAAAUUGCCGGUUUUUCUAAAUAAUGUGGCCUAGGUUCACAGCCUUUGCUCACAGCCUUUGCUCAUUUCUGUUCAGUAACCACACUGAUAAGAUCAGCACGUUAUAUUGACUUUUUAUUAUGCAAGUCACGUUUUAAACGGGUAAAAAUUACUUCAAAGUAGAGUGGCCUGGGUUCGAUCCCUCAAGGAAUUGAUCCUAGGCCACAAAGGCAGGACAAGACCAUACUAAGUUUCAUCCCAGCGCCUGAUCUCAAUAUUUUCUUCAUGAGAAUUCUCGCCUACACUCUCCGUUUUAGCAUACAUGCAGCCAGUAGAGUUGAUUUAGUUCGGAGAGCUGACAGAUUUCUUCAUUAACUGUUUUUGUUAAUUAUUUUGAUCUGACCAUGCACAUCGCCGGUAUAGAGACAUUCCAAUUAUAGUGUUCUUUGAACUAUAUAACCAAUGGAAACUAAUAUUCAAACUUAUCAGAUAGAUCACGAUCUUGCAUCAAGUUCUCAAAACUAAUUUAUAAGGAAAUGUCUAGCAACUAGAGGGGAGAAUUAACAAUCAGAUCUUGGGAGUUAAAGGAUUAAUUUGCUUGAUAUUUUGUUAGAGUGGAAGAGGAAAUCAAUAACAAAGGAAGGAAAAUUUCUUCAUCGACUUGCAUAAGCCAUUUCUUGUCGUUUGAAGUAGUAUUCGCUUAAUAACUUUUGCCCAUUUCUUUGAAUAGGUUCACUGAAUGAGAGAUAAACUUCGAUAUUUUCUGACUCUAUAACUGCUAAUAUCGAUCACUGGCAACCGUUUCUUGGGAUGUCACGCGACGCACUUGCUUGCCAAAACAAAAGAUUUUGCACGGUCAGGGAACUCUUCGCCUUUACCGGAGCAUCGUUGUUUUCCGCUUUGAAUAUAACGGCUUUCACAUUCAUCCAUUUCUACAACUAACUAUGUUGUUGGUUUGUGUCAAUACAGGCUGUUGUGGGUUCUCCCUUGGAUUCUCUUUGUUCUCAUGUUAUGGGGGAAACAUCAGGAUCCACAGAGACGGCACAGUCCAAAACAGCUUGGUUGUCAUGGAUAUAUCCCGAAGUUUUUAAAAGUCACGAAGGAAGGUGAGAAAUAAUUCCUCCUCGUUCUUUCUUUUUGCCCCACCUCCUCCCCUCUCCUUCCUUUUGACCGUCGCUCACCCCCUGGUACAAAUUUCUUUCUCUCCCCAGCCUUCCACUCCCUUGAAAAUCAAAUAUGGCAGAUACAAUUUUCACCAAGAAAAUACUAAGCACUCGUUCUUGAAAAAAAUGUGCGCGUGCAAACCGUCUAACGUUGAUGCAGGAGAUGGGGCCAGCGGUUUAUCCAUCCGUAGCAACUAGACAGUUCAAUCAUUUGUUCUGUAAUGAUAAAAGGAAUUGAGUAGCCUGCAAUUUACACAGAGAAUAGUUAAGUCAGGGUUUGAGCCAGGCCGCGCCAUUGCGCCAAUCCCGCAAUAAAAUUUAAAAUGUCUUUGGUAGCAAAAAUGAUUCAGGGAUUCAAUUUGUCCCCACGAAAAUCGAGCGAUUUUGGACAAAUUUUUUUUUCAGAAAUGGAAAAUGUCCCCCCAAAAAUAACUUAAAGGGACAAAUUGACCCUAAAUAGUCAAAUCCUAGCUCAAACCCUGGUUAAGUCGAUGAAAGUAAAACCGCGAAUGAAGAGAAUUUAACACUUCCGUUGGUAGCUCUCUUGUCAGAACAAAGUACAUGUAGAAAGAACUAAAUAAUGUUCGGAAUUAUUGAAUUUUCUCUUUACCUUUGUUUCUAGUUUGGCUGCAUUAACAGACAGACAAGCAACAUUUGUGCUUUUUAAACUCAUGGUCAAUCAACCAGGCCCUCAGUGGCCGUUAUUCAUACGAGUAAGUUGUAAUCCAUCGAUACUAUGACUAGCUAGAUAUAACGUCACGUUUUUAAUACUGUACCAGAAUUGCUGUUAAGAAGGAAGCGACGGAAGCAGUGCCUAUCUCCAUCCAGGAGUAUAAAUAGGUACCGGCUAAUUGUCAAGGACACUUGAUGAAAUGCUGAGUGAGAGGGAGGGGGGGAGGUAUCCUUCGAUGAAUUGGCUUCCCAGAAGGAAAAUUUGCAAUACUUUAACUCUCUUCAAGCUACGAAACUAGAUAAGGUUCAGCAGCCAUGCGAGCCAGUCAGUUGAGUCUCGUGUACGGACUUAACCUUACUCCUCUUAUCUUGUACUGAAAAAGUGUGUGCGGUGUUUAUCAAUCUAUGCCUUUUUUGGCGAUCCUCUGCUUCUCUGAAAUUUUUAUUUAGUUGUUGUUCAGUAUGUUGAUUUAAAUACAUGUAUAUAGAGAAUUCGUGAAAAGCACAUCUUAAGAUUGAUGAUUUCAUGCCUUACAUCUUAGGCACUUCUGAGUAGAAAUGCAAGACUGCCUGUCAUAAUUGUGAAGUAUGGAGGUAAACGAUAACAGCUCAUUUAGUAAAUUUAAAGUUGUAACAGCAAUUCUUAGACCGUUUUUAUUCAACCAGAGUUCUAAGCGUAUUUUUCAAAGUCCGGCAUCCUUUGACGACCUAAAAUCGCAAAAUGGUCAGUGCCCAACACGAAAUUUUAGUCGCCAAAAAGCAAAAGGUAAAACGAACGGAGAAAGACAGUUAUCUGUUUGCACAGUCAAUGAUGAAAACUUUACACCUUUUUACAUGAUUUCCGAAGACGGGCCGCUAGAGUUCAAACUUUCGUUUCAAAUUUACUCGUGAGUUUUUUACCCACUGAAAUUCGUUUCCUUCCUCGACGCUCACAGUUUUAACAGCUGUGUUUUUUUUAUCAUUACCAUGAUUAUUAUUAUUACUAUUAUUAUUAUUAUUAUUAUUAUUAUUAUUAUUGUUAAUUAAAAGAAAAAUUUGUAAUGGAUAACUUGGAUUUAAUCCACUCGGUGUUUUUCGAAAACUCUCCAUAAUUAGUACAUUAUUUGACUGGUUAUAUAUUCAAAGACUAACUUUUGCCUUCAAAUGUAAAUGAAAGGCCUUUGAUCGCUUCCCUGUUGUCAGUAAGCGUUGCUCGACGCUAAUCAGUGCUUACUCUUUGCAGAACUCAGUAGUCUCAGAACUCCAGUAAACGGCUCACAUAGUGAACUUGUCCAGGCCGCGGGAUCAAGCUUGUUUGAAGAGGAAUCAACGUCAUCAGUUGAGAGUGCAAACAAGUUUAAAGAAGGCGUGGUGUGUUCAUUGUAUCACAUUCUCUUCCAGUGCUCAAACGAAAUGCCAGGGCUAGUCAAUUAUCUCAUGGCAAUCGUCAGUAGGUAGGGAUUCAAAUGAAAAAGGUUCUUUUUUUAGUUGUGAAGAAGUUUUAUUGUAAUCUUUACACUUUUAACCCUCUACUAAGGGAAAGACAAGUUCAUGUUAGUUUUCAAGCGAUCAGGAACAUCAAGGGAAAACGUUUCUUACCAAGAUAUUUUUCCCCCUUCUUCUGUUUCAUUUGCGCAGUUCCAGUGAACUUCAUUUCCAUGUCCAACCCGCUAGUAAUGAAUUUCCAAAAAUUCAAACGAAAUUGUAUCUGAUUAUAAAUGGUACAUACAAAAUGAAAGAAAGUCUUAAUUUGACCUGUCGAUAAAAGACGAAUUGCUUUCCACUGGCUGUUAAGAGUCAGAAAAAAAAUUAAGGCUUCGUCAGGCAUUAUUCACUUGUCACAAGUAUAAAAAAGAAUAACAUCUCUGUCCCACGCUUGUAACUGACGAAAAACAUCCGUCCUAUCCAAAAGAGUAUCUUGUAAAAGAAAAUGGAAUUCCGAUCAAGUUGUUGCACAUACUGCAGCACGAGGUUGGAAACUGAAUUGCGUGAAAGAACAUUUUUUCGUGAAAAUAUUUGUCUCAAAAUGCUCUUAUUCGCCUGCCAAGUACCUUCUCUUUACUGUGGAUGAAGGGCAAAAAAUGUAGUGCAAUUAAACGAAAUAUAUAUUACUCGAUUUGGCGCCCCAAAGCUCUCUAGCUUUUUUUUUUCAAGCUUGCGCUUAAAUGAUAGUUGAGACAAUACAGUGGGGGAAUCGUUCAUUUAACAUGAAGAAAAAGUGGCAUGAUUUGGAUUUACUAAACGUAAAGCAAACGUUUCGCAUUUGGCCUUACAUCGCUAUCUUCCACUCAUAAAGGGCCUCUCCUGAAACAUUCACUCGGAAACCUUAGUAUUAAAUAUGCCACUUUCUCUUGUAACCUCAACACCUCCUUAGUAACAAAUACUUAUGUAACACGCAGCUCGUAGGUAUUUUUAAAAUAUAUUAUGAGGGACAACACAUUGAUUGUAUUACUUAUCUUCAGCUCGUUUAAAGAAACUCUUUUGACUAUUGCUUUUUGAAGGGAGGCUAGCUGGAAACUUUUUGAUGAUAGCUCCUCAGGAUUGAAGAUUUCAGAUGCUACGGAGGUAUGAAUAUUAUGAAAUAACAUCCCUUGUAUAAUGUCAAUCGUGCCCUCAACAGAUAUCGCGUCAUUGCAAUCUUGUUAUUUUUGCUUUGUCGCACAACAUGUAUUAUACUUGCCUCAUGUCAAACAGUUGCUUACCCAACCAGCUAAUUAAAUCCUUGCCCUACUGUUACAGAAGUUUUUAAGGAGGUACUUCAAAUAUUCCAAUACGUUUAAGACUUAAUUUACGUCACUUUCCAUUUUUUCUUAUAAAUGUAGAGCCCUGUUUGGCUUGAGUGUGUGUUUAAAACGUUUGACCCAUAUAUUGUCAGGUAAGUCUGUUUUAAAAAAGUUUAGCUGAUGAUUCUUUUGAUUGUUAUUACAUUUUAACAGAUCGAAGAUUUCAGUUGAGGGAAUUCAAGAUUUAUCUUCUAAUUUCCUCUCAAACAUUUAAAACAGUUUUUGCAUCAGGACAGUGAAGAGGCAAAAGAAAGGGUCACCGCGUUUCCAUUUUUUCUCCAGUGAUCAUUACGUGAACUUGUAACUUCCGUGCAAACUCUUUUUUCUUAUUUUCCGUGCAAACUUUUUUUUUUGAGUACUUUUACUUUGCCAAUUGGCCGGAUGGGACAAAUCUGAGGUGAUUACCUUUUGCUCGAAAGUUAUGCUCGAAGGGUUAAUUAUCAGCUGGCUGUACUGAGAUUGUAUUGUGUUUUCCACCAUUUUCCCAUAUGCUCUUCCAUUCCCUUCGUUGACAAGAACAACACAUGAGUUGUUCUUUUAACGAACGAAAGAUUUGCGUCAGUGACUACAUCAGUCACAAUCCCAUCCUCAAUGAUGCACUUGCUGUACGAGAGGAUCUUGAUCAAUGUUUGACUUUCUCUUGCCAGGUUUCUAUAUCCAUCACUGCUCCUGUUGUGUGAGCAGGACAAGAAAGUGACAAAAUCGUACAACUUUACCUCGAUGAGCGCACUUCCUUGCGGUUGCGAGCGAAAGAAGUCGCCAAAGACUAGAGACACGAAAAGUAAGUUCUUUAACCCGUAUAUUUGCCCUUGUGUAAUAAUAUUUCUCUCGAAAUUUGAACAUAAAUCAAGCUCAAAACACUUAAUAUCCCGGCCAUCUUUGCCGCACAAGAACAGCACUGAGAAUUGGAGUUCUCCACGAAGCACAUUGCAGUGUGGUUACUGUGCUGUGAGUGCAUCAUGUUUACUUCUGAAUGAGCCAAGACAGAGAUUAUUAGCAUAGCUUGCAAAAUGUGUUUGUUGCUUCACUUUGGUCUUAUUGACUUUUCUCUGUAUCAGUUGCAGUUCCAAAUUAAAAGAAUCCAAAUAAGUGUUUUUUUCUUACCAGCCCUUUCUAAACUUUUGUUUGUUUUUCUUUAAUUAUCUAAAUGUAAUCAUUUUCCAUGGUAAAAAUGGAUGCUUCUCAUUGCAGGUCAGACCGAUGUUCAGUACACCGCUCUUCAGGAUUUGUUAAAUCAGCUGACAAAGCAUUUCUGUGCCAUCCCGAAAAUUAUGUGUCAGUUUUUGAACAAGCUUCAAGGUAUUAAUUUUACUUCUACUUACUACAGUGGACUCUCGCCCUGCGGACACCUCGCUAAUACGGACGCACCGCCAUAGCCAAGAGCCAGUCCCCUCGGGCCAGCCCCCCCGGCAGAACGCAUAAAGAAAUGACUGAAACAAACGCCCGUUAUUACGGACUCUCGCUUUUACGGAAAUGCGGACACUUUUAUGCCCCCCAUAGCGCUUCAUUCCACUUGUUUUGCUCUCCCACCACAGCGGAUACUUGAAUACCUCUUCUAAAAUCCUUACUUGCCUAAUAUAAAGCGACAUUUCGUGAGGCCACGUUACAAACUUUAUGUUUGCGUAGAUACAUAUUAUUUCAUGUGUUCGAAGCCCGCUAUCACCAUUCUGUUUUCAUUUUUAAUUUUUUAUUUUUCUCAAUGCCCGCCAAAGUGGUAAUUAAAGUACUGGAGUUUAAACUCUUGGGCAUAGAUAUGGUUUGGGCCCCCUCUCUGGGUCAUUUUACCCUCGCUUAUCGGGCCAAACUGCCUCUGAGUCGGACCCUAAACGUAUUUAUGUCUGCGAACAUAAACUCUGUUGUUCUAUUUCCUAACAUAUUUUUAAACUAUAUAUAUACGUUACUCGAUUCAGGUUUUGUUACUAUUAGGGUUAAAUGGUGAAUAAUUUCUGUUUGUUAUCUUGAUAAGACUUCUUAAUUUACAGAAUCGGUGCAUCAGAAGUCGACUGAUCAAUCAAGCGAGACUGCCGGCAUAACGGUGGGGCAAUUCUCUAAUAAUGUUGAUAACCUGCUUAGGAAUUCUUGCUGGUUAGCUUGUUAAAAAAAAAAUGCUUGUUCCGUUUGAAACGUGAUUUUCAGACGAGGUCACUUUUCAGGGAUGCAGUUAGUUUCUUUUUAAGUUUUGCUCGCAAUGGAUGAUCAGAAAUGAGACUUAACCGACGGGUGUUUGAUCGUUCGGUUGGUCGGUCGGGCCGUCAGUUGAAAUCCUUACUGAUUUGUUUUACGACGAGUUAUUAAUCUUUUAGUGAGUUGAUGUUAAUAAGUGAGUCCAAUCUUGUAGGUCUUGGCCAGCAUUCUGUAUCGUUGGCUCAUGGAUUUCGACAAAGUUUGUGUGGCCUGUGAGGCCCGACUGAGCCCGGAGACUCAGAGAAGCGUUGCUAUGUUUGCUGAAAUAGUUUGGCAUGUUUUUGUCAAUUUGGGAAGAACAGAAGGUUGGCGAUUCCACUGAAUAUUAUGCUUCUUCUUCUAAUGACCCAUGUUUGAUCUAGCAGUUCGUGAAAUUCUUCUUAUGAGGGUGUGUGAAAGAUAGCGAAAACCCUAAGAACCCUAAGAAUGGUGAAAAACUAAGGAUUAGUUUCCUCAAACACUGAAGGCUGAUAAGAGUUUUUACUGAAAAGUAUUUCUGAUCAUUGAAAGAUUUGACCUGUUUUUUUUGUGUUUGAUUUAGGAGGUGUACGUAACCCAGCUCUCCCAUCUGAUCUUGAUGCUCUGUUGAUAUCCAAGAGGGACUGGUUGAACCAAAAGGUUGGACAAAUCAAAGCCUACAUAGCAAGCCAGUAAGUACCGCGGCUAUAGUGGAAGUCGUGACAGAGGAACUCGUUGCGUUACAAGUCCAUGUCUGCAAACUGACUUAUAACUGGCACUAUAGAGACGCUUCAUAUGAUUAUGUUCAGCAAUCAGAACAAUUCUUCUUUUCUUGUUGUGCAGGCCGUAUGAAGAAUUUAGUGUGGAGACUGUCUGUGAAUCAUUAGCUGAUAUUCAGUUCACUCACAUGGCGUCAGCACUCCUUGCGGAACCAAAAGGUAAGAAUCAGUAUUUGUAUUCUUUCUAAAACACGCCGCCAUUGUGUGAAAACAAUUGGAUCGCCUGGAUCUUCAGCAGAAUCGGGGUGUGGUAAACCUUGGCCGUUUUGUGAAGUAAAAUCGCUCUCCUUCCCAUCGAUGCAGAAAUUUUCUUCAGUUCUGCCGAUAUUUCUCACUCCUUUGGGGAGCAGGCAUGGCGUAUGGAUAAGAGCGCGCUACUUGCACCGCUGCGGCCGAUUUCCGUACCUGACGUCACAUGAGGGUUGAGGUUAUCGUUGGCUAUCUUUCUUGCUCCGCGGAGUUCUUAUCCGGGUUACCAAUUUUCUAGCCCCCUUAAAGACAAACACUCCAAAUUCGAAGUUUGACCUUAAAAAGAGCGAAGAAGUGCCAUCGCGGUGAAUUAACCCUGAUAAAUUUCCAUUUUAAUUUUCACUUCAGUUAUCUUCAGUAGGUCAGCGCGUCCCAUAGGCUGUAGAAAGAAAACGUCAUUUUAUUUCGUGCAAUCAAUCUUCGAUACGUGUUUUCAAUGGCUUUAUGUUCCUGGAUUGUUAAUCAAUGCUUCUGAACUGUUUUUUUCCUGCAGGUGCAGCGUGUCUGAAGCAUGCGUAUACUUUCAUUCAGGCCCAGAAGGUAAUUUAACAAGCAAAUAAUUUGUUACAUAUGUAGUUUUUGGGUUAAACGCUGGCUUCAAAACACCUGACAUUUUCUUCACCUGAUCUAGAGGUUUGUUUUGGGUUCAUGGUGUGGCUGAGUUUUUGUAUUGAGUCUUGUAAUAACUAUGAAAACCUUACACAAGUCCUGGAUUGCUCUCAGUCACCCAUUUAUGUUGACGUUUUAAUUUCCCAGAGCGCAUGUGAGUACGUUACCCUCGUCUCGUUCCAGUCCCUCCUGUUCUAAUUUCUAGCGCCUAGCUUUUUUCGACAUACAACAGAUCAGAAAAAUUUAGAUUCACUUUUACGAACUUAUGUCGCUUACUGUUCUUCUUGUCUUUGGAGAGGACCUGGAAGAAAAAAUUAUCCUUUUCAGUCAGCUGAAAGACAGCAAAGAAAUCGCAUUCCCAGCAAUUGUCGGAUGUGGUUAACAAGUUCGGUGGAUUUCCUGUCGUAUAAUUUUUUUAAUUAGAAUUAAAAGUGGCUAUCUGAAAGUUGUUUGCCAGCAAAUUUUGUCGGGGAUCGUCUGAAGUAAAAAUCUUCGGAAGAGGCUGGUUAACAAAAGCGUAUUUGUUUCCAUGAUAAGCCCUUCCGAAAAUGACCGAGAUUUUACUUACAAACGUGAAUGUUGAUAUAGGAAUAGUCAAUAGAUAAUUUCGAAAAUAAAUACUGAUGGAAGUCAUAUCUUUAGCUGCGUUUUUUUUUUUCAUGGCUAACCAACCUCUCUCAAUACAACAGGACUGGCUGAUGAACUUGGUUCUCGUCCCAGGCCACAUACUUCCACCUGUACCGUCAAACUCAAUUCCCGGGACCGAACAAAGUGAAAGGUAUAACCCGCUUCGACAGUUUGCUUUGAUUGGUGAGUGUGAUUUCAAUCAAGACAAGAUAGCCUCGUUCCCUUUUGAUUGGAGCGCAUUACUUCAGAGUUGUCUUGGGGCAUCCGCGGACAUCGUGAAGCGCCUGGCUUUCAAUAGAAGCGAAAUGCAAGGAGGGGCUUUUCUGGAGGACAGCCAGAGACAGCUUGUAAAUGCGCUUAAGGCACAUUUUGGGGUUACUGUGGAUGGUGGGAAUGAUGAACAAAGUGGUUGAAGAAGGUCUACCUGUUUAGACAAACUGAAACUUAUGUGUAGUCACUGUUAUAAAUCGUUAAUUUUUUUCUUGAGACUAGCGAGAUGAAUUCGACUGAUGUUGGUAAAAUUAGUAAUUAAGAGAAAUAUGAAUAAUGUAACCAAUUUAUGUAAAAACAGCUUAAACAGAUACAUUGGAAAUACCUACAAUAAGCUGCGG